CGUCCGGCCGCUCGGCUGCUCCGGGGCGGGGACGGGACGGGACGGCGCCGUUGCCAUGGCGGCUGCGCGGGGCUGAGGGCCGGGGCCCAACCGGGGCCCAAACGGGACCCAACCGGGGCGCAACCGGGACGAGGGGACACCGAGGGGAGCCGGGACGGGUUUGCAUGGGCUGCAGAGAUGACUCAGGCUGAAAUCAAGCUGUGUUCCCUCCUGCUGCAAGAACAUUUUGGGGAGAUUGUGGAGAAAAUAGGGACUUACCUCAUCAGGACGGGCAGCCAGGCACUGAGGGGCAUCGCCAGCGACACGGGGCUGCUGCUGGAUCAGGUUAAAAAAGCCCUUUGUGUCCUGAUCCAACACAACCUGGUGAGGUACCAGGUGCAGAGGAGGGGCUGUGUGGAGUACGAGGCUCGGUGCCAGCGGGUGCUGCGCAUCCUGCGCUACCCCAGGUACAUCUACACGGCCAAGGCCCUGUAUGGGGACACCGGGGAGCUGCUGGUGGAGGAGCUGCUCCUCCACGGGCAGCUGCCCAUGAGCACCCUGGUGAGGAAGGUGGCAGACAGGCUGACAGACACCAUGGAAGACGGGAAGGCGAUGGAUUACGCCGAGGUGAGCAGCACGUUCGUGCGCCUGGCCGACACGCACCUGGUGCAGAGGUGCCCCCUGGUCCCUGAGCCCCCCCAAAACCCCGAGGGCCCGCCCCCCCCCGCGCCCAGCUUGGUCCUGGACGAGAAGGAAAUGUACGCGGUGCCCAGGCUGAACCUCGUCGGGCGGGGCAAGCGCAGGCGCUCGUGUGAGGAGGAGGAGGAUGGAGGCCGAAGGGCGAAGAGGCAGCGGCAGGAUGGAGAGAGCUCAGAGCCGCCGCCAGACGACGGCAUUUACUGGCAGGUGAACAUCGAGCGCUUCCACCAGCAUUUCCGUGACCAGGCCAUUGUGAGCGCCGUGGCCAACCGCAUGGAUCAGACCGGCAGCGAGAUCGUUCGGACGAUGCUGCGGAUGAGCGAGGUCACCACGGCCUCGGGUGCUGCCCACACACAGCCCCUGUCCUCCAACGAGAUAUUCAGGUCCCUCCCAGCUGGCUACAACAUCUCCAAGCAGGUUCUGGACCAGUACCUCACCCUGCUGGCAGAUGACCCGCUGGAGUUCGUGGGGAAGUCAGGGGACAGCGGUGGGGGCAUGUACACUGUCAACCUUCACAAGGCCUUGGCCUCCCUGGCCACAGCCACCCUGGAGUCCAUCGUGGAGGAGAGGUUUGGGUCCCGCUGCGCCAGGAUCUUCCGUUUGCUCCUGCGCAAGAAGCACCUGGAGCAGAAGCAAGUGGAGGAUUUCGCCAUGAUCCCAGCCAAGGAAGCCAAGGACAUGCUCUACAAGAUGCUGUCAGAGAACCUGGUGUCCCUGCAGGAGAUCCCCAAGACUCCCGACCACGCGCCGUCCCGAACCUUCUACCUGUACACCGUGAACGUCGCGUCCUCUGCACGGAUGCUGCUGCACAGGUGCUACAAGAGCGUGGCCAACCUGAUGGAGCGGCGUCAGUACGAGACCAAGGAGAACAAGAGGCUGCUGGAGAAGUCCCAGCGGGUUGAGGCCAUCCUGGCCUCCAUGCAGGCCACGGGUGCCGAGGAGACGCAGCUGCAGGAGAUAGAGGAGAUGAUCACGGCCCCCGAGCGGCAGCAGCUGGAGACCCUCAAACGCAAUGUCAACAAGAUCGACGCCUGCGAGAACCAGGUGGACGAGACCAUUUUUGUGCUGGAGUCGUUCAUCGAGAGCACCGUGAAGAAGCCGUGAGGGGGGCGGGGCGGGGCCGGAGGGGGCGUGACAGCGCCGGGGACACCCCAGGGGACACCCCGAGGGGACACCCCCAGGGAACACCCCGAGGGGACACCCCGAGGGGACACCCCGAGCGGACCCCGGGACCUCGCCGCUGGAGUAAAUAAAGCCAAAACUUGUCAGAAUAA